CAACACUAGACACGGACAACGAGACUGUGAGACCUGAUGGAUAACAAGACCUUCUUUUAAACAGAUCUGUUUCUCCAAACCACACAGAGAUUGGAAUACAGAAAUAAUUCCUGUUAUUCUACAAGUGAAGGAGCUACUUCAACAUGACUGAUACAGACACUUCUGGAAUGAUAAAUGAAGAUACUGAAGAUCACAGAGACCUAAUGGAACUGGAAGAAACAUCAGGAUCAUUACGGAAGCAAAAAAUACAAGAAGACAAAGGUUUUACUUGCUCUCAUUGUGGGAAAAGAUUUGAUAGCAAGGACACCUCACAACUCACAUGAGAAUCCAUAACAGAGAAAAGUCUGUCAUCUGUCCUCGAUGUGAAAAAUGCUUCCCAAACAAAGAAACACUUGCAAUUCACACUAAAGAGUGUCCACACACAUGUGCUCAGUGUGGAAAGAGUUACAAGAGCAAAAAUGGUCUUACAGCCCACAUGAUAAUUCACACAGGACAAAGCCCAUACACUUGUGUUCAGUGUGGAAAGUGUUUCGGACAGAAAUGCGAUCUGGAUUAUCACAUGAGAAUUCACACUGGAGAGCGCCCGUACACAUGUGCUGAGUGUGGAAAGAGUUUCACACAGAUAGGAAAUUUUAAAGUGCACAUGAGAAUUCACACUGGAGGGCGCUCGUACACGUGCAGUGAGUGCGGAAAGAGUUUCAUAGAGAAGUCUUAUCAUAAACUGCAUAUGAGAAUUCACACAGACGAGCGUCCAUACACUUGUCUUCAGUGUGGAAAAAGAUUCAUAUACAAAGAAAGUUUUGAAGCGCACAUGAGAAUUCACACUGGAGAGCGUCCGUAUAUGUGCAGUCUGUGCGGAAAGAGUUUCAGGGAGAAGAAAACUCAUAAACUGCACAUGAGGAUUCACACUGGAGAGCGCCCGUACACUUGUCCUCAGUGUGGAAAUGGUUUCAUACAUAUACAAAAUCUCACACAGCACAUGAGGAUGCACACUGGAGAGCGCCCGUACACUUGUCCUCAGUGUGGAAAGAGUUACACAAGCAAAUAUGGUCUUAAAGCCCACAUGGUAAUUCACACAGGACAAAGCCCAUACACUUGUCUUCUGUGUGGAAAGGGUUACGGACAUAAAUCCAGUCUGGAUUAUCACAUGAGAGUUCACAAUGGAGAGCGGCCGUACAUAUGUAUUGAUUGUGGAAAGAGUUUCACACAGAAAUGCACUCUUAAGUCCCACAUGACGAUUCACACUGAAAAAAUCCCACACGCAUGUGUUGAGUGUGGAAAACAAUUUAAAACGGAGGGAAGCCUUAAAAUUCACAUGAGACUUCAUCUUGAAGAAAGCCCAGAAAGCAAUAGAGCAGAUGAAAAACAUUGA